AUGGAGUUUAUGAGUGCUCUUGGAUCGCAGGAGGACGCCUAUCGUCCUUCGCUUUUUGAAUUGGUGGCUCAAGAAAAACUUAGAGAACUGUUACAACCCGCCGUUCAAUACCUUCUCGCUAUAUAUGCGCAAAGAUACCCACGUUAUUUGAUCCGUGUUGUGAAUAAUCAUGAGGAAUUUUAUGCUGCGCUCAUGUUUUUCGUAGAACGUCACUAUUUAAAGGAAUGGGGAGCAUCAUUUGCGGAGAACUUUUACGGUCUCAAACGGGUAGCCGCAGCACUCGGUAACAAAAAGAGUGUCAAGUUGCCGUCUUCCAACGCCCAGUCGACACCGAGUUUGACGAAAAGUGAGAUCAACAAGUCAUUGUUUAUGCUUGUGGCCUUGCCUUACAUCAAAUGCAAAUUGGAUCUUUACUACCAAAAGGUCUCCGGGGGAGCAUCCUCUUCCUUGUUGGGAAUUAAUGAACGAGAGGAAAGAGAAACAGAAGAAUUGAACGAUCCAGACACAAGACCGAUGCGCAAACUGGUAAUUCGCUUCAUCCGAGUCUUUCGAAAACUAUACCCCAUUGUGAACGCUCUUUAUCACGGUUCCAACUUGGCAUACAAUAUUGCGUACCUCUUUGGUAAAACGCGGUUCUAUACACCGUGGUUACAUUUGAUCGGUAUCGAAGUGAAACGCAUGAGCAUGGCUGAUUACCGUUCUUACUACGACAAGACGCAAGCGUCUCAACAGACAGCGACGUCCUCGCUGUUUAAUAGCCCACUACGAGCGGCUUCUGGUAUUUUCAGCAAAGUGAUCGAAUUUUUGAAGGUGUUGUUGCCCAUGUCUAUUUUCUUUUUCAAAUUCUUGGAGUGGUGGUAUUCUUCGGAGUUUGCCCGUGGCGGGAACACAGGCUCUCUGGGAGACGAAGAGUCCGCCAAUGUCAUUCCUCCUCCAGAAAAGAUCAAGCCUGAUCCACGAGGAACCAAGUUGCCAACGACACCAAAUACUUGUCCCAUCUGUCUCAGCAGCCCCAUCAACAACCCCACAGCAUUGCCGUCUGGAUACGUCUUUUGCUACACUUGCGCUUUCAGAUACGUUGAAGAUCACGGAAGGUGUCCAGUGACAUGGAUCAAAGUAUCGCGGGGAGCCGAGGAUCUAACCAAAAUCUAUGCCGAUGGCAAUGUAUAA